AUGGUACACGCCCGAUACGCUGCGCUGGCCGCCACCGCCGCCAUGGGGCACGCCAAGAUUUCAGCCCAAGUGCAUCGAGAGCUGCAAGCGGGGGGCACGGCGCAAGAUUUGGUUGUCAACUUCCGUCGCGUCGACAUCGAGGCGCUGGUGCUACCAGAAUCGACCGACUAUGUCCAUCAGUUGGUGCAAACGUUGAGCGACCAUUCGAACAAGUCCAAGCAAGUCGUUGCCGACUUGCUGGGGGCUCGCGUCGAGUCUGCCUGCGAAGACAAGUUCUUUUACAUCGACAACACGUACUUUCCGUGCGACAAGCUGACCGAAGCGCAAGUUCGGAACUUGGCAGCCAGUCCCCACGUCGCGUCCAUCGCCAAGGCCGCCGUGAUGGAACUGUCCCCAGUCCAAUCCACGAGCAAUAACGCUACCGUCAUAGCCACUGCGAACCAAUGGGGAGUGGACAAGAUAUCGUCACCCCUGGCGUGGGCAAAGGGGAAACGAGGGGCUGGUGUCGUUGUGGCCAAUAUCGACACGGGCGUUCGCCAGUCCCAUAAUGCUGUCAAGAACAACUGGCGGGCUGACUAUGGUUGGUACGACCCUUCGGGGGGAGCGUCCGUCACCCCUAAAGACUACCAAGGGCAUGGCUCGCACACUAUGGGUACGAUCGUAGGUCAAGUGAAUGGCAUCGGGGUGGCCCCUGACGCCAAGUGGAUUGCUUGUGUUGGUUGCUCCAGCUCCAGCUGUGCCCAGGCAGACUUGACGGCUUGUGCACAGUGGUUACUCUGUCCUACGAACUCCCAAGGAGUGCAAGAUUGCACCAAGGCCCCUCAUGUGAUCAACAACUCGUGGGGAUCCACCAACGGCCAGGCUACGUGGUUCCUUCCCAUGGUUGCUGCCUGGCGUGCUGCUGGCAUCAUCCCCGUCUUUUCCAAUGGCAACAGCGGCUCUGCGUGCGGAACCGUUGGAAGCCCCGGCAUGUCCCCCGAUGUCAUUGGUGUUGGCGCCUCGGAUGCAUCGGAUGCACUGGCCUACUUCAGCUCCCGUGGCCCCACGUAUGACAAUCGCAUCAAGCCAGACAUUUCCGCUCCUGGUACAGAUAUUGUGUCGAUUGAUUUCAACACUGACAACGGCUACGCGUACAUGUCUGGAACUUCCAUGGCCGCCCCCCACGUUACUGGGGCAGUUGCCAUCUACUUGUCUGCCAACCCCGGGGCUUCGUAUGCCCAAGUGUACGCAGCAUUGACGGGCAGCGUGGACAAGGGCAGCUUGACGCCAAACAAUCAAAACUGCGGAGGCGUCUCCGAUUCAACAUACCCAAACAACAACUACGGCUACGGUCGACUUAACAUUGACCGAGCCUUAACCGUCUUGACACCAGCUCCUACGCCUGCCCCUACCCCUGCACCUACCCCUGCCCCCACUCCAGCUCCUACACCUGCCCCUACCCCUGCACCUACCCCUGCCCCCACUCCAGCUCCUACACCUGCCCCUACUCCUGCACCUACCCCUACUCCUACGCCUGCCCCCACUCCAGCUCCUACACCUGCCCCUACUCCUGCACCUACCCCUGCUCCGACGCCUGCCCCCACUCCUGCACCUACCCCAGCUCCUACCCCAGCUCCUACACCUGCACCUACCCCAGCUCCCACUCCAGCUCCUACACCUGCACCUACCCCGGCUCCUACACCUGCCCCUACCCCAGCUCCAACCCCAGCUCCCACUCCUGCACCUACCCCAGCUCCUACACCAGCUCCUACCCCAGCUCCCACUCCAGCUCCUACACCUGCCCCUACCCCAGCUCCCACUCCAGCUCCUACACCUGCACCUACCCCAGUUCCUACUCCUGCACCUACACCUACUCCAUCUCGUACUCCACAAAGUACUUGGCAGCGUACACCACGUCCGACCACUACUCGUUCAUGCAUGAAUCCUGAAGACAACGCAGACUAUCCUGGAUUCGAUCUCACCUCUACCGCCCGCGGUUCGUCUCAUUUGUGUUGCGCCGAUUGUAAAGACACAAUUGGCUGCAAGUUGUACGUGUGGACGAAUUUUAAUGGCGGAACUUGCUGGUUGAAGCAUUCCAAGGGUCCCAAGUCGUAUCUCGCUGGUGCCAAGGCGGCCGAACUAAAGCCAUCUACAUGCAGUACUGUCGUCGACAACGUCGACUACUUUGGCAAUGACAUUACGAGCACAUCGCAAGCGUCAGCGAAUGCUUGCUGUGCCGACUGCGAAGCUACCCCCGGCUGCAAAUUGUUUGUGUGGACCGCCAGCAACGGGGGAACUUGUUGGUUAAAGCACACCCAAGGAGCUCCGUCGACUGUCGUCGGCGUCAAGUCGGCGGUGCUAACAAACCCGUCCAAGUCGUGCAGUUCCCCUGAACUCAACGUCGACUAUCCAGGUGGUGACGUGGCCAGCACGCAGCGCGCGUCGCCGGAUGCUUGUUGCGACGACUGCCAAUCUACCCAAGGCUGUAAAUUCUACACGUGGACAAACUACCAGGGCGGGACAUGCUGGUUGAAGGCCACCAAGUUGUCCACAGUUUUAUCCGUCGGGGCCGUGUCCAGUUCGGCGUAGAAACUCAUGUUCCAUUUAAAAAACAAGUUGGUACUUUGUGUGACCUUUGCC